GUUUUUCAGAGUUUUGUGUCUGAGAAGAGCAGUGUGAUUUUUAGGGGGCAAAGUGGAGCAGAAAAAGGUGAGCUGAGCUGGGGCUUGGUCCACUCCUGUUGUACAGCCUGCCGUCAUGGCUCGGUACCUGAGCUAUUUCACCACUGUGGGCGAUAAGGAGCCGCUCCGGUGGGAGGAUGAAGAGUUACACGAGAACAGCGAGGAGCUGAGUCCAGCCACUGGCCAGUUUCCAGUUACGCUGACCUUCAGGGAGUCACUGCAAAGGCUCUACAGCUCCGACCGGUUCCAGGUGUUGGUGGUGUGUUUGGUAAUCCUGGAUGCCUUUUUUGUUCUGGCGGAGCUGCUUAUAGAUCUGGCUGUUAUCGAGUUGAAACAUAGCCACACUGCUUCUGAGGUGUUUCACUACCUGAGCUUGGCUCUUCUCACAUUCUUCAUGGUGGAGCUGUUUGGUAAGCUGUAUGCUUACCGCCUGGAGUUCUUUCAACACAAGUUUGAGGUGUUUGAUGGUCUGGUGGUGGUGGUUUCCUUCGUGUUGGACAUUGUGGUCCUCUUCCUUGAAGAAGCCUUUGAUGGAAUGGGUCUCCUCAUCCUGCUGCGACUCUGGAGGGUGGCCAGAAUUAUCAACGGUAUUCUGGUGUCAGUGAAGACCCGUGCAGACCAGAGGAUCCACAAGCUGAAGGAGAGCUAUGACCACCUCGUUCGAAGAGUCACAGAGCUACAGGAGCGCACUGAUAAACUGGAACAAGAGAACCAGAAACUUCAAGCCCUCCUGAAGAAGCACAGCAUAGACUUCUAACUCAUCGACCAUACUGUUGAGGAGCUGCCAUUCAGUGUCAUUUUAUCAUGUAUCUUUCUGCACUCUUUUAAACUAUACAUUCCAUGAUCAACUUAUAUUUUAGACCUGAUUUCAGUAUUCCUUGUAUUUGUUACCACAUUACCUGAAGAGAAAGCAUCUUUUUGAAUAUAUGUAUAAUAUAGUAGAUCCAUAUCCAGGUUUCCUGUCAUUAUACUGAUGGAAAUCAGUUAAAGAUCUGCAUAUAUGUAAUGAAUGUCAGAUAUUCAGAUGCUACUGGAUAUCACUCCAUAAAGCUGCAAGGCCAUGGCCUUAAUUUCAAAGUAAAUAUUUGUUCUCACACUGAUGAAUUGUACAUAAAAUUAAUAUACAUCUGCUUAGUGACAUUUAAAAGUACUUUAUGUUGUGUAAAAAAAUAAAUAAAUAAAUGAAUUGGUUUCAUUUAUUAAAAAACA